UGUUCCUACAUAGAAAGAGUCCCUCGACGUGAAAGAAGAAGUAGUCACGUACGAGAAUAUUCUGGAUGUCAUGGAAUAACCCAGAAAUGUCUGGUGACAUCUAGAACGUCAGAAAACUAUAUAAACAUUAUGUGUUUGACAUUCUAUAGUUCAGUUGUAAUUGAGUAUUUAAAGUUGAUAGUUGUCAUUGAGUUUGUAUUGUAAUUGAAGUUAAAUAAAGUAGUUUAAAGAAGUUGUAACAUUGGUGACAGCGGUGGGAUUGAAGACAUAACUACAUUUUGAAUGGUUAAUACGAGAUCAACAGAAUUUAAGAAAGAAAUGGAUAAGUCCGGACCCCCAGAAUGGUUUUUACAAAUGAAAGCAGAUGAAGAGAAACGUAGGCAAGAAGAAAAUAUAGAGGAAGAGAAGCGUAGACAAGAAGAGAAAGAGGACAAGGAGAAGCGUAGGGAGGCGAAGGAGAAGCUUAGACAAGAAGAGGAGGAGAGGCGUACAAAAGCAGAGGUAGAAAUGAUAAAUAGUUUAACCCAAAUUCAUGAAAAUUUUCAAUUAGAGGUAAGCCAACUUAAUAAUAGAAUAGACACAUUAGAUGAAAAACAAAACUCUUUAGUCAAUAAAAUACAGCAGCAACAAAAUUCUUUAAUUAAUUUAGAGCAACAACAAAACGAUUUGAAAUCUAAUUUAGAAAGACAAAUAGUUGAGUUACAAACCAAAAUUAAUACCCAAGCUUCAUUAUCACAUAUUUCAGUAACUAAUAUCGACUCUGAACAAACAGCCCCUUCAUCUUCGAUAGUGUAUCCAGGUACCGUCAGAACGAGCAAAAUUUUGAAACCACCCACCUUCGACGGCCAAACAGCAUGGGAAACGUAUCGUUUCCAAUUUGAAGCUGCAGCUAAAGCAAAUGGCUGGACUGAAAGAGAAAUGGCAGCUUCCUUGGUGGUGUCGCUUCGAGGUCAGGCAGCAACCGUCCUUCAAUUUCUUCCUCAGGAUUCACCUAGUUAUGACUCACUUGUUCAAGCUUUAGAAACAAGAUAUGGCCAACAACAUCUGAAGCAGGUUUUUCAAAGUCAGCUUAAAGUUCGGUAUCAAAAACAUAACGAGAGCCUACAAGAAUUUGAAGCUGAUAUUAAAUGAUUACUAC